UGGUAAUUGGUAUGGGUAGAUAGAUCUCAAAGAACUCAGAAUCAGAUUAUCUGUUUGAGCUGCGCUGCGUCUGUCUCGUCUGACCCGCUAUGAAACACCGCCUCAUUCCCAAUUUGUUUUACAACUCUUAAUCAACGAUUCCUAAUUCCCGCCCACUAUUUGAGCCACUCAAAGUCUUAAUUUUCACUUUCUGGUGAAGACAAUUACAAGAAACAAAAGAAAAAUCUGUGGAAAUGGUUAGAAAAUUCUAUUACCUGCUUCAAUUGACUUUCUUCCUUUGCCUCUCAGAAGCCAAAUCUAGCAGCAUACAAACACAGCCUCAGGCUGCAGAAUCUUUCAACAUCAGCUAUAUCCAGAAAAAUGUUCAGAGCUGUUCGUAUAACUUCGUAAUAACCACAAGCUGUUCCUCAGCUAAAUAUACAAGGGACGAGAUAAGUAUUGCAUUUGGGGAUGCCUAUGGUAAUCAGAUUUAUGCAGCUAGAUUAGACGACCCAGCAACAAAAACAUUCGAGAGGUGUUCUUCUGAUUCAUUUCAAGUGAACGGUGUACCAUGUGCGUACCAAAUAUGUUAUGUAUAUUUGUACAGAACAGGUCCAGAUGGAUGGAAGCCCGAGAGUGUGAAGAUCUAUGGCUAUAAUUCAAAGGCUGUUACGUUUUACUACAACACCUUUAUACCAAGUGAUACUUGGUUUGGUUUCAAUUAUUGUUCAUCUUCUUCUUCACAUCCUCAACCUCUUACUCUUCUUUCCUUAUUUGUUAUUAUAGCUAUCUCUUUUCUAUUUUCUGAUGACUUCUAUUGAUUAUAGUAACUUGUUUUUCUAUUUCCAUUAAUAUAUUACUCACACAUACUAUAUAUAUCAUUAUGUAUACGGCUACUUUAGAAAAUGUUCGUUUUCGAUCUUAGAAUAUAGUGAAUUUCCUUUA